AUGGUCCCUAAUCCGCAGCUUCGCACGGGUUCCGACAACGCUUCCACUCACUCUCCUGGAGGCACUACCAACACUAGUCGAGAUCCCCGUGUUACCAACUUUGCCACCUUGCUAGCAGUGAGCAACGCAGCUGGAGACGACGGGCAGAAUCCUCCUUUCCAUGUGGAUGUCGCCGCCCUCUUGUUCGGUGAUCUUCACGGCGGUAGUCAUUUGGGCGCACGGGCUUUUCAUUUCCCUACCUAUGUUCAGAUGUCGAUCUGGCGAGCUUGCGGCAUCACCUUGUGUACAACCCCUAUUGUAAUGGGCAUACCGUGGCUACUGAAUCAUCCGUGGAUAGAAUCGACGCUUGAGACGGACGCCGGUGGGACUUUUCUGCUGAUUGAAUCAGUCUGGUUCGACCUCCUAUCCCUAUGCGAGGCUUUUUCUUUUGGCGGAACCGUCAGUGGGUCUGAGGAGUCCGGUGAAUGGGAGUCACAAGCCUGUUGA